UCCCUCUCCUCUCACACCACUCACCCUCCUAUCAGACUACUCAAAUCAACCUCUUAUCUUCCCUGUCAUCACCUAGGUCUAUCACGAUGGUCAUUGAGGCCCCCAAACCACCCACACUGCGCCGAUCCUGCCAAGCCUGCGCCCGUGGCAAACGGCGCUGCGACCAGCGCUGGCCGCGCUGCAGCCGCUGCCAGGCCCGCCGGAUUGACUGCGAGUACAUCAACGUGCCAUUGACAGUCAACGCCUCCUCUUCCACCUCUAGCCUCGCCAAGGCCCGAAGUCUCGUUCACACCACCACUCCCUCCUCCUCCUCCUCCUCCUCGAUAACACAAGCCAACAUAUCCCGCCCCCGCAAACCAAGACCAUAUACCACCACCCCGACGAUCCCCCCACCCCUGCCCCCCCUGGAGAUCACCAAAGGCUACUCCCCGACCGUGAUCUCCUUCCUCAUCUCCGGCAUGCGCCAAUACCCCCUCACCUUCGCCUCCUCCCUCAAAACCCACUUCAUCCACCCCGACCUGUGGCCGAGCGCCUCCACCCCACCCCCACCCCUACAAGACAUCUACAGCCUGUGUAAACACUAUCACUCCUCACUCUUCAGUCCCAGCACCCACCAGCGAAAAGAGAUCCAGUCCCUCUUACACCAGAAAUCCCGCUCCCUGCACCGCCACCUCACGCGCGCCUCCACCUUCCCCGACCUGCUCGCCAGCGCCCAGGCCCUCCUCCUCAUCCAGUGCAUCCUCCUCCUGUCCCCGCCGCUCCAUGCGUCCGACCCGACUGAGACCCAGCAGCAGCACGACACCGAAUACCAGGAGUCCAUCAGCGAGAUGCUCCUGAACCUGGGGCAUCGGCUGUGGGUCCAGGCGCCCGUGCAGCUGCCGGCGACGCUCAGCCCGCGCCGCGCGUGGCUGUUCGCCGAGAGCGUGCGCCGCACGAUCAUCGUCGGGUUCAUGCUGCGCAGCGUGUACUCACUGCGGACGCGGAACUACUCGGUGCGCACGCCGUUCGUGGACGCGUUGCCGUUCGACGUGCGGACGGGGCUGUGGGAUACUGCGGACGAGGAAGGGGUUGUCACGGACGAGCUGUGGGGGUCCAGUGAGGGGGCGAUGGUCUCGUUACACGGGUAUUCGGGCAUGUUGGAGCAAGGGCAGGUGCAUGGGAUCGGGGCGUUCGCCGGGUUGAUCCUCGCGGCGUGUCGGGGCAAGCAGGUUGCGGAUGUCGCGAGGGGGUUUCCUACGCCUCCGCCUGCUUCUUUGGUAGUGGAGGUGUGAGAGUAUACACUAUGAGUGAACCAUGAACUAAAAGGGAAUUCAAAGCCGGCAAGGUACGUCAUGUAAGUAAAACAAUCAAAUUUCUAUCUCUAGAUGCAAGAUAC